AUGUCCCCUUACCGUCUGGUAUUCGGGAAAAUGUGUCAUUUACCUGUGGGAAUCGAGCAUCAAGCCUUCUGGGCUAUCAAAGAUAUGAAUCUGAAUGCUGAGGCCUGUGCUGAAGAAAGGAAAUUGCAGCUGCAAGAGCUUGAAGAGCUCCACCUUGACGCGUACGACUCUGCAAUGUGGUCAAGGUGGAUAGGCCCAUAUACCAUCAUCGCCAUACGAGCAAAUGGAGCAAUCGAACUCCAAGGAAGUGUUCAUGAUUCAUCUUUUUUUUUGGUGAAUGGGCAUAGAGUGAAGCCUUACAGAGAUGGAACUGAGGUGUGCGUGGUGGACGACAUUCCACUGCUCAUGUCUAACUCUCUCCAGUGA